CUCUGCGGUCAUACGUUUUAAUAUCACUGGAUAUAAGGAAUUCGCCCUCAAGCAACCUAAACCAUAUCAUCUAUUCGUAUUGCUAAGUGCCAACCAGGGAGUCGGUGCUCAUACUGAUGAGAAGGAUCCUGUUUUCUUUGGAGUUAUCGAUGCCUAUACCAACAGUGAAAUACAACGAGUACAUGAGCUCAAGGCAGUACCCUUAUUGGUACAUUUUGGUCCCAAGUCAGCAUUGACUAAGAAGAAAAGGUCUGGUGCUGUAAUGAUUAAGUCAGGUGACCAAUUUAGAAUAACCAAAUAUGAUCAUACCCCUGAGGAUUUCUUGGAAUGGAUGAAUCAGAAGACAACUCGAGAUGUGAAAGUCUUCCGUACCUCUCAUGAGAAGUUAUCU